AUGGAUCCAGAGGAUAUCGCUAGGGACCGUUUUAAUCAAAAACAUAAGGAACUCUUGGUGAAAUUUCCAUACAAUAACACACUUAACACUAAUUUAUAUGUGGAUGGAUACGAGCCCACCUCUAUUGGAUGUAAUUGUUUAGGCUUUUGUUUGUAUUUGAAGAAGUUUUUUCCAUCAGGCUUUGUUUGUCCAUCCAUCAAACCGGCAAACAACAACACUUCUAUCAACCAUGCAAUGUUUUAUGUGGUUAGUGGCGAAUAUUAUUACAUAUUUGAGACUUCAUUUGGCGGCUGCAGUGAGGUUUAUAAAAUUCCAACCAACACUGAGCCCAGUGGAAGUGUGAAUACAUAUAAUAGAAAAAUAUGCCGAACAAAUAAUAGUGAGCAGUUUACCUUGGAAUUUCAAGACAAGAACGGAACAACAAAGUGUAUUUGUUAUGUAAGGGAAAUUACUUCCGAUGAGAGAAAUCAAAUUAUUUCUAGUGUAAAUAACACCAACAACAGAAUUGUUCAACAACGUGAUGCUGAUGCCAAAGUACAAUCUGGAGCUUCUGUUAUGGUUAAAGAAAAAACAAUUGGAUUCCAUUAUAAAUCCAUUCAAAAAAAGAUUGAAAAGCAAGUGCUCACCAUUUCUGAAAUCGAAAAACAACAACUUAGUAUGCAAUACUUGAAAUUUUCCAUGGAAGAAUCAGCAACUUUUUGGGGAUGUGUGCAUGAAUUACUGGGAAAGUAA